CGGAGAUAAGCUCCAUUUCUUCAAAAAAAAAAUUCCUUUCUUUUUCUCGCUUUCUUUUUUCUUCCUGCAGUACAAAUGAAUUCCACGUAAACGCUGCAUAUUCAAUUGGCCUGAUCUCUGCCGUGUUUCGACCGCAUCCACUACUGAUAAUUUCUUCGUCACGUCUUAUUAAGUCCAUCGAUGGUCGCUUGGUAAUUUGCGGAAAAGCGCCGCUCCACUUCGGCUUCAGACCGUUAGGGUCUUUUUCCUCUUGAUGAUAAAUUAAUAUAUAAAUAAAUCUGCGCUUGUCUCGCUGCUCUUUCUCUGUCCACUUUCUCACCAAGUCGUCAAAAUGGGCACUGCAACGCCCGUCCAAGAGAAUUUCGCCCAGCGAUACUCGGAAUCAGACUCGGAUCCGAGUCCAACGCCUCAGAAGGAACAGAAUGACAGCGACAAGGAUCCCGAAGCGCUCACUCGAUUCGAAACGUCGCAAUCCAGCAUCAAACCGCCACAAUCACUGUCGAAAGAGAUCGUCUUUGUCGCACUCGUGUGUAUGGGACAGUUCAUGACGCAGGCUGGACUGGCAGUGGGAAUCGUGCCGGCGCAUAUCAUCGGGCCUAGUUUUGGCACGUCCGAUCCUGGCGAGCUGAGUUGGUUUCCAGCUGCGUACAGUCUGACUGUGGGCACGUUUAUUCUGGUCGCCGGCCGUCUGGGAGAUGUCUACGGCCAUCGCCUCAUGUUCAUCAUCGGCUUUGUGUGGUUUGGGCUUUGGUCGCUUCUGGCUGGGUUCAGUGUGUGGUCGAACCGGUUUUUCUACGACUGCUGCCGUGCAUUUCAGGGGAUUGGGCCUGCGCUGCUUCUCCCCAAUGCUGUGGCGAUCUUUGCACGGACGUAUCCUCCCGGUCGUCGCAAGGCGAUGGUGUUUAGUUUGUUCGGGGCCACCGCGCCAGGAGGGUAUAUCGUGGGCGGAGUGUUUUCGUCCAUCUUCGCGCAGUGGGUGUGGUGGCCAUGGGGGUAUUGGGUGAUGGGGAUUGUGUGCUUUGUGUUCGCUGCACUCGGCCAGCUGAUCAUCCCCAAUAUGCCUCCUCCCAAGUUCACAGAUGGCCUGAAUUCGAUUGUGCGGUUGGACCUCCUGGGUGCCGCGACGGGGAUCUCAGCGCUGGUGCUGGUCAACUUUGCGUGGAACCAGGCGCCGCUCGUGGGAUGGCAGAACCCCUACACGUACGUGCUGCUGAUUGUCGGAUUUCUGCUUCUGGCUGUGUUUGCGAUUGUCGAGAGAUCGGCCAAAUGCCCGUUGCUGCCUCGAUCAGUGUUCUCGGGCGACAUGGCCUGGGUGCUGGGCUGCAUUGCGACAGGAUGGUCGAGUUUCGGGAUUAUCGUCUACUAUUACUACCAGUUUGAGAUGGUCAUCUUGAACAACUCGCCUCUGCUCGCGACGGCCAAGUUUUCUGGUGCUGCCGUAUCGGGUGCGAUUGCAUCCAUGGUGACGGGCAUUCUGCUGGGCUUCGUGCCUCCCAGCAUGAUCAUGUUCUGCGCCAUGUGCUUCUUCACCAUCGGCCAGUGCCUGUUUGCCACUGUGCCAGUGAACCAGAUCUACUGGGGUCAGACCUUCUUUACGAGUUUGAUUACUCCGUGGGGGAUGGACAUGUCCUUCCCCUCUGGCAUUCUCUUGCUCAGCAACUCCAUGCCCAAAGAACACCAGGGCCUGGCUGCCUCCCUCGUCGCCACCACAGUCAACUACUCGAUUUCCAUCGGUCUUGGGUUUGCCGGAACCGUCGAAUCGCAUGUGAAUGACGGUGGGAAGGACACUCUAAAGGGAUACCGGGGCGCUCUGUAUAUGGGGAUUGGAUUGGCCGUGCUGGGAGUGGCGACGUCGACGUGCUACAUGAUGGUGAGCUACCGGGAAUACCGCAAGAAUAAAUAAGUUAGAUAGAAUAGUAUGUAAUUGUAAUAAUAGUCUAAUGGAUUCUAAAUGAAACAUCUG